AUGGAAGGCUUGGUUGGCUUGGAUAGUGCCAAAAUCACUACAAUCAAAUAUUAUUUCAGGUUUAGAUCCGAGCGAAACGAUGUAGAAAAACUUGAUGACUUCACAAAUGCUAAAUGGGACAGUAACUGA